AGCACCUUCCCCUUUCGAUACCAUGGGCCACGCAGAGGACGAGACCAGGGGAGAGGGGGACAGCGUGAAGGAUCAUGAGAGUGAUUUUGAGGAUGACAUCCCCCGCUCAAGCUCUGAAGUCAGUGACGAGAAGACCAAGGAGGCCGAGGGGACAAGCAAAGACUUGGUUCAGAAGGUCACUGCCUUCACUUCGGGCUUGAAAGCUGUCCUGGAACCCUUCCCACCCACCGCAUGGAAGGUCCUGGUGACCCUUCUCCUGGGCGCAGCAAGUACUGAAAGCACCCUCUGUGUCUUCACGGCUAUCUUCACUGUCGGCCACCUGGGGGGCCUGUACCUCUACCAGCUCCCUUUCUUCCAGGACCUCGUGCCGCCUGACGACAUUUACACCAGGACUGGCUUCGGGCUAGCAAAGCCUUCUUCUACUGGUACCUUCUUGACCGCAUGA